AUCAAAUUGAACUUUUGUGAUACAUCCAAAUCUAGUUCAAAGAUUUGAAAACAAACUCGGCAUUCAAAACUAGUUAUUCAUUUAAUACUAUAAUAAAUUAUAAUGGCAGGUGCUAAAGGUCCUCAUGGUUUUCCUCUGCCCGGAAGAGCACAUGUAUUUAUAUCCAAGUUGUUUGGCGGUAGCAUGGCAUUCUGGAUGUUAUAUCGUGGUAAAAAAGAAUUACCCGUAGUUCUGGGUUUAAGGCAUCCUUGGGAACAUCAUGGUCAUGAAAAUGGUCAUAAUGGGCACCAUUCUGAGGCUCAUCAUUGAUUUGUUAACAAUAAUAGUAAUAUAUAGAAAACAAUUAGCAGAAACAAUCAUGAAACUAAAGUUCAAAAAAAUUUUUUAAUUUUUGAAAGUUGCAUAAAAUUUACACUCAUUUUUAUUAUUAUUAUUUUUACAAUUUACCGAUUUUCUUAUCAUAAAAAAGCGA